AUGGCUCCAUUCACGGUUCCAAAAGAGGGCUUCAGUGUCGGCACCUAUGGGCUCCAAGCAAUACCUCCGGAAAUUUACAGCCCUGAAUGCAGUACUAUCGCCAUUGAAUUUUUGAAAUUCGACUCUUCUAGCUUAACUCAGCAAGAAACCGCCAAGCUAAAGAACCACGCUGCAUUUAAAAUCGAUUUUGUAACUCCAUCCCAUGGUUAUGACGGUGCUCGUGUUUCUACCAAGAUUGACUAUGAGAUUGCCAGCAUUCAUUCGGCAGGAGGCGGAUCUAGCAAGCUCGGUGAUCUGCGUGUCAAGCCAGUCGCAUACGCUGACCCUUCUAACCGCUCAGCAUGCACCAUGAAUAUCCCUCUUCUCCAACGCAUUACACUCGGCCAACUGGUAAGGAUUCUUACGGACAACAACUUACAUCGUUUCUACUUCCGUAAUAUAAACGAAAAGUACUAUGGCAGCCGUGACUUUAUCACCCAAGCUGUCGUUCGGUUGGAAUGUUAUAAAUGUAUUCGACCGGAAGUCACCUCGCAUACCCCGUUCCAGGUAACCCUUCCGACGCGAAAUGUGUACCGUCUUUUGGGCCUCCGUUUCCCGGUCCUAGGAGGGAACCCAGUCCCCUGUAGCAUUGAUAAGGGCUUUUUUGAGGGAUAUACCCGAGUUGUUACUGGGGAUAUGCCAUACAAAGCCUAA